UUUGCAGCCUGAGUAGUUCUUCUUUCAAUUGUUAUUGUCGCUUUAAAAAAUCUUUAAUUCACUUAAACUUCAUCUCGAUCGCAUCGAAAGUGGGAGAAAAGUGCUUUUCUAGUCGGAACAUGGAACUACAAGGCCUGCAAGAGGCGUUGAAAGUAGAAAUCCAAUGUCAUCAGAAGCUGGCAGUAAGAAGUUGUCCUGUAGGGACGACCAAGCCCCUGUCGCUCAUCAAGCCUCCUAGCCAGAGCAUCGCCAUCUCUGUGGUGCCGGCAAAGGCUCCCGUUUCCAUGGUGACCGCACACAUUAACGGACAAAAGGCGGCGAGCUCGGAGCCGCUGCAGACGUCCCCCAUCAACCUCCAGACCGCCGGCAGAGUGGCGGCCACUGGAGUCCACUCCUUCAGCAGGAGAGCCGGAGAGCUGCCUCCCUCUCAGAUGCUGGGAACUCUCACAGCAGUGCCCAUUAAGGUGCCUCAAGUCAGCUCGCUGCACCGACUGGCAGGACAAGCAGCGACUGUGCUACCUCAGGUCAGGCCAAAGACCCAGAUCCCAGACAGCCUUCCCCACAGUCCCUGCCAGGAGCUGCAGCCGCUCAGCCUGCAGAAGGCCACUACUGUGGUCAGCCCCAAGAGCCAGGGCCCCGCCCUGCCCACCGCCAACAGCACCUUCAGUCCUGAGCACCAGCCCAACGGCCAGGGCGACGGCUCGCCCCCACCCCCGGCCCAGAGCUUGUUAGUGGGGCCGGACUCCAGCAACGCUAGCCAACACACCUCCGCUGGGCCCGGCGUGGCGUACGCCAUCAUCGCCGCUUCCCCUGCCACCAGUAACGGGGUGUCAGCCGUCAGCGAGGCCGUCAAGGUGCAGCCACUGCUCUUCAGCGCCGAUAACAAGGUGAUAAUAAUCCAGCCACAGGCCCCGAGCAGCACCCAGGGGUCCCUUGGGUCCCAAGCUGACCUUCCAUCCCAGGAGGCCCCCCCAGCCCCGUCUCCUCCUGCCCAGAAGAAGGAUGAGGACCCUGAGAAAAUUGCCUUCAUGGUUGCCCUUGGCCUGGUCACCACAGAGCACUUGGAAGAAAUCCAGACUAAGAGACAGGAGAGGAAGAGGCGGAGUACAGCCAACCCUGCUUACAGUGGCCUGUUUGAACCAGAGCGCAAACGCCUUGCAUCAAAUUACCUGAACAACCCACUUUUCCUAUCAGCACGAGACACUGAGGAUCUCUGCUGGAAGGAGGACUUGGAGCAUGAUGAUCACUGCACCAUCUGCAAGGAGGAAGGCGAGCUACAGCCCUGCCACAACUGCCCCCGCGCCUACCACCCUAACUGCCUCCACCCCCCACUCAAAACCCCACCCAGAGGGGUGUGGUACUGCCCCAAGUGCCAGAAGAAGGUUCUGAACAAGGAGAACAUGUCAUGGCCACAGAACUUUGUCCAGUCCUAUGUUACACACAAGACAGUGAGGCAGGAGGAGAAGCGGCGGCUGCUGAGAAGAAACACUGAGCUGAAAAAAGAGUGUGCUCAUCUGGAAGAACAGGACAAGAAGCUCAACAACACUCUCACACAAUGUAUGGAUCUCAGAGAACGACUGCUGAGCCAGCAGAGGGACACCCAGGCCUCCCUGGAUCGCCUCAAAGCUCUGAUCAGGUUGAUCCAGCGCGACCAGAUGAUUCAGGUCACUAUGACGGCCACCACCACCACAGGAGCCUCCCUGCUGUCCCUGCCCUGGAUCAAACCCACCAGCACCUCCACCACCUCCACUCUCCAAGGACCCUCCACAGCCCUGCAGAAGAGCCAGCCCCAAACCCAGGGCAAUAACUAGUCCUGGCCACAGCAGCACCCUGAGGUGCAGUAUC